AUGUGGCAACGCCAUGCACUGAAAGAGGACCAGUUGAGGUCAGAGGUCAGAUUCUCUCUGCCCGUCUUGUCCAGGAACCAAAGCCUGCUGAGCAGCAGACCACAGCUUCAUAGCAACAAAUUGCUGAAGCGUGGCAAGGAAAUCGUCUGUACUCUGAAUGAAGAUACUUCUCGGUUCCCCUCCGCCACUCGAUUCACAAAGAAGCAUCUUGACUCUCGCCAUAUGGAAGUCAGCCAGUGGCUAACCCAGAUAUCUGAGCGCAUCGGGCAGGUGGAUCUUGAAAUCACUGCUGUGGAGCAGGUGAAAGACACCGCUGAGCACUGCCUCCAGGAGAAGCAGCUGUACAGUCCGCUCAUGAGCGGCUGUGUGGCCUUCAGCUCCAGUUUGAGCUCAGCGGUCCAGAGACAGGACCACGUCUUCGCUGAGCUGAAGAAGGAAGAGCAGCUGACCAAUGAGAUCAGAGAACUGCACCAUAAGCAGAUCUGCAUCCUGCUCUGCAAACUAAGCUCUCUGAAGGAGGUUCGCACUCGGCUGCUGGCAGAUUUUCAGGACAAGAGUGAAGCCAUCAAGAUCAUCACCAAAUGCAGCAUCCAACCCUUCAGCACCUCAAGCUUCGAUCUCCCUGCCAGUCAAUACAAGCCCAGCUAUGUGAGCUAUGACCAGUGGCUGUCCCACUGCAAGGACCUGAGGCUAACGGCUGAUAACCUGACUAAGGACUCCUCUUCCUUCAGGCGGAACCUGUGUUUUACCCUGGUCAAUCUAAAAAAUGCCCAGGAGCGCCAGCGCCACCGCUCAGGUGAUGCCAUGAGAAAAAAGAUAAACGAGCUGAGCAGGAAUCAGGAUACAAUGAUGUGGGAGAGGCAGCGGUUAAGGAAUGAAAUGUCUGAUCGGACAAACGAUGUACAAAAAGUGGCGUAUCAUAUCGGGAACUGUGAAUCCAAGCUGCAUCUGGUCACCAAGCGCCUGGACAUCCUUAACCAGAGACCCAGACUUGAGCUCUGCCUGGACAAGCCCUUCUUCAGCCUCACACUGGAACAUCGUGACCUGGCAAACAUGGCAGCUGGACUUUGCCCAAUACUGAAGCGCUCUCAGCAGGACCUGAAGCUCACACACAGGCGCUUGAUGAUUCUGGAGGACAAAAUGGCCAAAAAUGCUCAUAUCCUGGAGGGGGAGGAGAAGUGCCAGAACCUGCAUCAGAGUUUCCUCCCCGCGCUUGACACCUCGGUGGCCAACAACACCAAGCUCCGCACGGGCAGCUGCAGUGCUUACUCCUACUUGCUGUAG